AUGUAUAUCCCACAGAAACGAAGUAUCGACCACAAGAACAGUAUAUUUAUUGUUAUCUUUGUGACCAUCGUCUUCGUUCUCGCUUGUUGCGCGAUUAGCUUUUUUCUAGCUCGGUACCUACGCCAACGGCACUACGAGCCAAAAUAUAUACCCGGCCAGUAUUUCAAACAGAAAUGGAAGCAGUGGCAUCCCGGUAGCGCCUCAUAUGGUCAGGUUCCGACCCAGGGAGGUCAAAAUGCGACACAAGAUACCUCAUAUCAGGGUGGUGGGCCGAGAACGCCUGAAAUGACCACUACUACGUCUGCUGGUGUGCAGCGAGAGACAUCUAUCCGAUCAAUCAUUACCCUGCCCGCCUAUUCACCUAGUCCAAAGCCGACCGAGCAAAUCAUCGCGCGAGAGGGUGAACGCGAAGGAAUGGAUAUGGUGGUGGAAUUUCCCGAGACCACGGAGGAGCAAGAAACCCGUCGCGAGGACCAAAUGGAGUCACUGUAUCAACUUCGAUUGCAGCGUCGCCAGGAACUUGCCGAUCGGGAAUCUCGACGCCAAGAGAGACGAGACGCACGAACUCGCGGUGAUUCAACACGCCUCGAAGAACUGGCAGCGGAAUCCCGGGCUCGAAAUGAUCGUCGCCGAGAGGCAAAUAACAGUAAUACAUCGCUCAGUGCAUCGACCGUUAUCGCCGAACAGCAGUCCCGUGAGCGGGACCGACGAAUCUCCAGCGUUAGUUACGCGUCACUCGGGCAUGUGCGUCACGACGGAUCUCGCCUACGAGCCGACUCACAUGAAUCCGACCAGCAUCCCCUACUAGAUAACGCAGCCAGCAGCGUAUCUUCAACUUCUCUGAUGGAUCACCAGAGCAGUUAUCGCUCCCGUGUGCAAUCCCAGGCCUCGUCAAUUAUGACAACCGAGACCGGUAUGACAGAAAGCGAUCCGCUCGUUCUGCGCCCUACUUCGACUCGAGGUUCAAGUCGCCCAAUUUCACAGCUAGAAGAUGGGGAUGUCGGAGCUCUUAAUAUCCCGCCACCCCCUGAUUACGCUCAUGUUGAUUGGGGCGAUGCGCCCGCGUACGAGAGUCCUGUUCGGGAGCAAAACAACCAGAACCACCAACCAUUUCCCUCGCGAUUACCCUCUAUUGCCCGAUUGCCAUCUAUAAGCAUCGACGCUGCAAGCCCCAUCGCUGUCUCGCCGGCAACCCCUACAACCCCUACAAUGCCGGAUCAUCCAAACUCAGAAAACGGCCAGGAUACCCCAACCGGUCCCGUCCGUACCUCUGUUGUUUCAGAGGCUGGUCAUGGAUCCACAACCGGGCAUGCCCCUGUCUCAUGA